AUGUCAGAAAAGCAUUUCAUAAAUUUAGAGCCAACGGUCCAGACGGAGAUAGUGACUACGACAAAGAAGACUAUAAUAGAUUAUCCUGAGAUUCCUGUCAACAGUCUUCGCUCUGAGCCCCUUCAGCUUAAUCGGAAGCAGUAUCCGCUGUGUACAAGCCAGCUACCAGAGAGCGUCGCCAGCUUCAAUUUCAGUCUCCCAAAUGGCCAUACGGCGAGCUACCAGAGCUACGAUGUCCACAGGCAGCGAUCGAUGGACAGUCCGCCGAAAAAGAAGUUACGCGAUGAAGGCGUUGGUGUUGUUGGCAGUAGCGGCAGCGUCAGAUCACCCCUCCCCAGUCCACUGGCCAGUCCACCACGCUUUGAACGGAGUUCUGAGUGGGAUGACAGCGGUGCGCAUCACAGUCACAGUCACACUAGCAGCCACACUCACAAUAACACACUCCCUGUACUUCUCUCUUUCCCCCACCUACUCAACGUAUACCCAUCCCUAUCCACUGCCACCCAGUCGCAUAUACUUCUCAACCUCUUACGUCUUUCUGACAUAACCGCGAUAAGGAAUGUACACGAAUUUAUCAGUCCAGCGCUACAGAAAGAUUUUGUGGCUGAUCUGCCGCUCGAAAUUUCCUCGCUCAUUCUCAACCAGCUCGAUAUUGACGAUUUGGGCCGUGCGGCGACUGUGUCCAAGACAUGGCGCAGGCUUAUCGAUCAAGACCGUGCUGCUUGGAAGAGCGCUGGCAUUCGAUCCGACUUGUGGUUCGGCGAUGAGGACCACCUUGUUGCUCAACGCCAGGAAGCGUAUCAGCAUGCCAAUCGCACCACUCACUGCGCCAGUCUGGAAGAAGCGGAGCAGGAUAGCAUACAUAAAACGCAAGUCACUCACAGUUCACAACCCACUUACCCCUCACACGCCUCGCGUACCCCUCUCACUCCGCCUCCCGUCGCCAGCUCCGAAUCUAGUACACCGCCGGCUAAAUCACCCAGCAUUUGGAAAAGCCAUCCAUAUAAGCAUAUCCUCAAAAAGAGACACGCCGUUCGAAAUAAUUGGUUUGAGAACGAGCCGCGUUCUUCAAUAGAGUUUGAACGACAUGGCCAGAAUGUCGUCACUUGUCUGCAGUUCGAUUCGGACAAAAUAGUUACAGCGUCCGAUGGUGACGACAAAAGCAUCGAUAUAAGCUGCACUAAAACUGGUCGUUUGAGAAAAAGAUUGAGAGGUCAUACUGGCGGUGUGUGGGCAUUACAGUAUGUCGGUGACACUCUCGUUAGCGGCGCUACGGACCGCACCGUUAGAGUGUGGGAUAUACCCUCGGGUCGAUGUACGCAUGUCCUCUGGGGGCAUUUCUCAACUGUUCGAUGCCUGGCUAUUAUAAUGCCCAAAUGGAACGUAUCUACGAGGGAGUAUGAGCCGCCUUAUCCUAUUAUCGUUAGUGGUUCACGAGAUUUCACAAUACGCAUCUGGAGAUUACCCUCGCCAACGAGAGACGAGCCGUGGACGAUCAAUGAUGGGGACGUAAGGGCGCGCGAUAAUCCUUGGCCGCUCAAGUUGCUCUCGGGGCACACCAAUGCCGUGCGCAGUGUGGCUGGCGACGGACGGACACUUGUCUCUGGCAGCUAUGAUUUUACUGUGAGGAUUUGGGAUACUGUAACGGGUAAUGUGCAGCACGUGCUGCGAGGACACAAUGACAUGGUUUACAAAGUCGUCCUCGACGCUCCGCGCAAUAGGUGCGCCUCUGGAAGCUAUGAUGGCUCGGUGAAGGUGUGGUCGACGGACAAAGGCGAGCAGCUGCAAUCGCUUGAUGGUCACUCUAGUCUCGUUGGGCUGCUCGGUCUCAACUCAAAUAGUCUCAUCUCUGCCGGCGCUGACUCGAAUCUGAAGAUAUGGAAUCUGCGUAGUGGCGAAUGUGAGCAUGUGCUCGAUGGACACGACAGCGCUAUCAGCUGCAUGGCCCACGACGAGCAGAAAAUUAUCUCUGGUAGCGAUGGGAUGCUCAAGAUGUGGAACGCGCGCGAUGGUAAACUUAAGAAGGAUAUACUGAGCAACCUAAUGCAUAUUUGGCAGGUGGCAAUAUCUGAUCGCUAUCUCGUUGCAGCGUCGAAUAAAAUGUCGGGACAGACUUUCAUCAAUGUUUUCGAUUUUGGAACGGAGCUCGGAGAUGAGGAGGUCGAGUAUAGCAGAUUGAAUUGGGAACCGCAGUGGUGGACACCGACAAAGCGUAAUCAGCAGCCCAAAUACCACGGUGAUAUCGUCAGGCCUAAAAAAGGGGAAGGCAUCAAAGUUCAUUUCGUCGAUUCAAAGAAGAAUCCAAUAAAAACUAUAGAAACACAUGAAGGCGACGAUCUUUUGCAUUUGGCACACGAAUGGGAUGUGGAUUUGGAAGGCGCAUGUGAAGCCAGCUGUGCUUGCUCAACGUGUCACGUUAUACUACAGCCUCAAGUAUUCGACCAGCUCGAAGAACCAUCGGACGAUGAGAAUGAUAUGCUCGAUUUGGCUUUUGGAUUGACUGAUACCUCCCGGUUGGGAUGCCAGGUACACGUCGCUAAGAGCAUGGAUGGUAUGGUCGUACAGUUGCCGUCGGCGACGAGGAACAUGUUCGUAGAUGGAGCUAAACCGGCAAAGCAUUAG